AUGAGCCCGGCCCUGGCACACGGCUGCCCGCCGGCGGAGCACUGCGGACCCCGAGCUCUGCAGCCCCGGCCCCGGCUCCUCCCGCUAGGAGGGGAACGGCUUCCCUCUGACAAACCCGCAAAUCCCGAGGGCCUGAGCCAGCGACUCCACUUUUUCACACUCUCUCCUCAGCCUUCUCCCGGAGACGCAGCUACGCCGCCACCAGCCCUCCCUCCGUCCCUCGGUGCGCCCCCGCCCUGCCGGCUUCGCUCCUUCGCGGCAGACACCAGAGGUGCUGCCGGCCGGGUGCAGCCCUGCCUUCUUCCCCUCUCCCCAGCCGAAAAGCCGGCAGCGGGUGGGAUCGAGCGGCCCCGGCAGCAGCACACAGCACUCACUCACUCACCGCCACUGCCGGAGCUGUUUACCCAGCCCGGCGCCACCGCCGCCGCCUGCGCAGCUUCCCCCAGUACUUCCGGGCCGGGCCGGCUGCUGCCCUUAGAAAUCCUCCUGCAGCCAAGGGAAGACGAAGAUUUGCUGGAGGACUUGUCUACACUCUACAUUCCCAGAGUGAAAAAGAUUUCCCUCUAUGAUGAUGACAGAUUUUACAGGAGACCAUACGCACAGUUGAAGGUAGAACAUGGAGAGUAUGCUGGUACACAAGCAACAGGAAGGUUGGAGCCCUUAUGGUUACAAAUACAGCGUGAACUCAGUUUGAGGAAACUAACAGAGGGUUCACAGUAUCAAGAGGAACUAAAAUAUGACUUCAAUAUAAAAGGGGAGCUGAGGCACCUGGAUACAAAUGAGUCCUUUGUUUUCAAUUACUACAAGAAUGGACAUGAGCAGAAUCAUAAACGCUACGAAGUUCUGGGACAUUUUAUUACCCAGUAUGUUUAUGAGCUCCUGGAAAGAGUCUGCAUGCUGCAGAAGGUUUAUAUUCCUACCGAUGCUACACAGGAUGAACCAAGAAGUUUCUUUUUCAUGAGCAAAAAUGCACUAACAAGUUCCUCUAGCCUAAUUAUUCUUCUUCAGGACCGUGGAGUUUUUUGUGCUGGACAGUGGGGGCGAAGGGCAAUUGUCAGUGAGGGCCUGAGACAUGGAACACAAAUACCAUUCAUCAAAAUGGCCCUGCAAAGCCAAUGGGAAGUGAUUGUACUGAACCCCAAUGACAACUUCACUGAUCUGAACACUGAAAAUGAGAGAUUUUCUGCCAGGGAAGAAGCACUUACUUUUACACAGUCUGUCUGGUGGAUCCCCAAGAGGGGCAGCAGCAGCCCUGACGAGCAUACCAUGUAUGUAUGGGAUCAUUUCAUUGCAAAGAGUGCAGCCAGGAAUGUGGCCUUCAUUGCCCAUGGCUAUGGGGGGUUAGUGUUUGUUGAUCUGCUGGUGCAGAGGAAACAUGAGGUGAUAAAUAAAGUGUACUCAGUGGCAUUCAUCGACUCCACGCACAACAUGCAGCACCAGAGCAGACACGAUCCAGAAAUACAGGAAUGGAUACGCAGAAACUGCCGGGAAUGGGUGUCAAACAGUAAACCCCUAAAUAAAACUGUGGGCUUUCUCAUGAGAGUAAAUUGUCCUACUUUGUCUGCUGGAACAGAAAAGUAUGGUUUAGCACCCUCCUGCUGCUUACAACCCAUCUUUAAGUACCUGAAGAACAAGCUGAAAGCCAAGAUCACAACAGCCUUGAGGAAUUCACCUGUUGCAACCAGAAGCAGCACAUGUAAGAAGAGAGACAAUAAAUAAAGGUACACUUGUUUGUU